UGCCCCCAAUCAAAACUCAGUAUCUUCUCAGACCAAUGAGCAAAGAAGGAAGAAGAAGAGGAGUAAGAUGGAGCUGGACCUCCGCCUUCGUCGGCGCCGCCGCUGCCGCAGCAACGGUGAUGGCACUCUCUUCAAAGCCACGGGAUCCCGAUUUUCAUCUCAUCUCCAUCGAUCUCACUUCCUUCAAGCUCAAUUUCCCCGUCGUAGACGCGGAACUCAUCCUCACUGUUCACGUUACUAACCCUAACGUUACUUCAAUCAACUACUCCUCAACAGAAAUGUCGAUUUUCUACUCCGGCGACCACCUCGGUUCCGCUCGUGUUAAAGCCGGAUCUCAACCGCCGCGUUCCUGUCAGGUACUCCGUCUUCCGGCGAGGUUAAGCGGACUGCAACUUGCACAUCACGGUAAGGAAUUCGUCGCCGAUGUAGCGAAGAGGGAGAUGUUGUUGGAUGCUACGGUGGAUAUAGAAGGUUUUGCUAAGGUGAUGUGGUGGGACCAUAAAUUCCGGGUGCACGUGGAUAGUCACGUGACUGUAGACCCGGUUUUUCUUGACGUUAUUGAUCAGGAAAAUAAAUCGGCUUUGGAGGUCUUUGUUAAAUAGCGGUUCAGUCCGGUUCACUGUGUUGUGUCGGUUUAAUUUGUAUU